UGCAACUGCAAACAUAAAAAGCGGCCCUUACACGUAAAAUAUUUUUGUUAAUACUAGAGAGUAUUAACAAAAGUAUUGUGCGUGUAAUGGAAAAAAGUAACUGUUGUACUGACGAUGUGGAUUUCAAAUGGGAUUGAAAUAUUGCAACAAUAUUGUCAAUCCUGGUAUUGACAAAAAUAUUGAACGUUUGUGAAGUUGAGUUUGUUAAUAAUAAUCAAUUAUUGAUCAUUGCUUUCUUCAAAAAUUUUGCAAAAGUAAGAUGUUGCCAUCCUGUCCACGUUGCGUCGCAACCAUCCGGUCUAUUUUCGUUCAUCAUCGAAGGUCCUUUUCGAGCACGAAUUUGCAUUCUAGUUCUUCCGGUAUUCGUCGCGUUGUUAUCACCGGUCUCGGUGUUGUUUCGCCGGUCGGGUGUUCGGUGUUGAAAGCAUGGACAAAUGUCCUCGCAGGUGUGUCUGCCGUUGGUAAAUUAACCGAUGUCGCGUACGAAAAACUACCUUGCCGAGUGGCCGCACAAAUUUAUCGCGAUGAAUUGGACGUCGAGACGCAUUUUAGUAAAAGUGAAUUGAAGACGAUGGCGCGGGCGACAGCCUUUGCUUUGAUUGCAGCAAAAGAAGCACUACAAAGUUCAAAGUUGCCUUCCACAAUGGAGGACGUCGAGGCGGGUCAGCGAACAGGAGUUGCAAUCGGAAUGGGAAUGAUAGAUCUAAUGGAUGUAUGCGAUACUAAUGAAGCUCUGAAAAAGGGCUACAACAGAGUAAGUCCGUUUUUUGUUCCGCGAAUUUUGCCAAACAUGCCGGCAGGGCAGUUGAGUAUCAAAUAUGGCUUCCGUGGACCAAACCAUUCAGCUUCAACGGCAUGUGCAACGGGGGCUCAUUCGAUAGGAGAUGCAUUUCGGUUUAUCAAGUACGGUGACGCUGAUGUGAUGGUCUGUGGUGGGGCGGAGUCUUCCAUAAGCCCUCUGGGGAUAGCCGGCUUCUGUAGACUGCGGGCAUUGAGUACCGCUUUUAAUGAAAAUCCACAGAAAGCUUCCCGGCCGUUUGAUGCAGCCCGUGAUGGUUUUGUGAUGGGCGAAGGUUCGGCUAUAUUUGUGUUGGAAGAACUGAAUCAUGCUAAAGCGAGGCAAGCGAAAAUCAAAGGGGAAAUAUUGGGAUAUGGACUUUCGGGAGAUGCUUCACAUUUGACAGCUCCGCGAGAGGAUGGAACCGGUGCAAUUCUGGCAAUGCGAAGAGCUUUAAAAGAUGCUAAUUUAAGUACGAGCGAUAUUGGCUACAUUAAUGCUCAUGCAACUUCUACACCAAUGGGUGAUGCAAUUGAGGCUCGAUCUAUUAGAACUCUGUUUACUGACAAUUGGCGAGAAAUAGCUAUAUCUUCCACCAAAGGUGCUCAUGGUCAUCUGCUUGGAGCUGCUGGAAAUCUAGAGGCACUGUUCACGGUAAUGGCCUGUCGGGAGGGUAGAGUUCCACCGACGAUCAAUCUAGAGAACGUGUCCGAAGAAAUGAUUGGUAUGAACUUUGUUCCCAACAAGGCCCAAGACUGGCAGCCUAGCAAUGGCAGAAGAAGAGUUGCUUUAAAGAACUCAUUUGGUUUCGGCGGCACGAACGCAUGCCUUUGUUUGGGAGAGCACCGAGAGUGAACUUUAUGGAAGUGAUGUGUGGAUGAUAAUUACUAGCAAUAUUUUUCACUAUGUA